AUGAACGAAAUCAACCGGAUUAGCGGAGCCGCCUGGUCACGGUAUCUACAAUGGGCCGAGGACUAUUUCCUCUUUCCCACCUCCUCCAAGAAGCCGCUCGCCUCCGUGGUCGCGUUUCGCUUCGCCGGGCUGAACAAGACCCUCGUCGUACGGAAUAAGAGUAAUGCCGUCUAUACUGGCGCCAGCAUACGGGCUCUCCUGAUCCGCAUCACCGACUCGGGCGAGCUGAACCAAGCAGAGAAUUUUCUGACCGAAUUAGAUUUUGGGACUUGCGUCCUGGAGCUUUUUGAUGGUGACGACAUUUCCGCUUGCUUUCAUGCCCUUUCCCCCGUCUGCUACUUCUUUCACCUUUCUUCCCUCUGUCCUCUCUCAAAGCUGACACAGACAGAUCGAGUUCUAGGAAGCUCGUGGCCAGAAUGGAAGGUGGAGGCCAAAGAAAUCGGGUGUUCCUCAAAAUGGUAUUCAGAGGUACUAGGCUGGUCCGAUGGUCAAAUCAAGGAAGAGUUUGGCCUGGGGUCAAGAUCGGGCCCAUCAAUAAACGUAGCGACGCCUGUGUGA